AUGGAGCGACUCUCCACCAUCGACAGCAACAACGAAGAAACUGGUAGCUCCCUAAACCUAACAAAGACCCUGAUCACUACGGGAAUCAAGUCCGCUUCUAAAACCCUCCAAAUUCUAUCCAACAGCGACAGUCUUCUCGAGGUCUUUCUAUUAUACAACCUCGGAUUCACUUACGCCGCCGCAAUCCAUCUGGCAAUGGCCAAUGCACUAUUUCCUGACGCAGUGGACGGUCCAGCGUCCGCGCAAGAAGCACAUUCGAUUCUUGACCAGAUGAUCAGCAAUGGCAAUAAAGUGGCUCAGGUGCGCAAGGAGGAACUCGUUCACGUCGAAGGACUCUUCAUGGAGGUCGCUGCGCGCGCAGAGAUGAACGGCCUCCAGCCUCUCACGCUAUCUACUUCGGUCAACGUCGAGGAAAGACCCGCAGAGCAUCGCAGUGACAACAACACGGAAGGGCAGAAUCUGAAUAGGAACAGUGAAUACGUCGAGGAUUUUGUGCCCAUUGAUUUGCCUAAUCCUGGGUACACUCGUACGCAAUAUCAUCCCAGCAUGAUGAUGCCGAGUACUGAGCUGCUGGAUGAUAUUGGGAUCUCGUCGGCUGAGCUUUUGGCGAUUGUGGACCAGAUUGGGAAUCCAGAUACUUCUUAUUCUAUUUUAGACUUGGGGCCUUGA